CGGCCAAUCACUUGGCACACACUCUGACUGAAGUGCCAAGUCUUGGCAACAUUGUCGCGGGUCAACGAGGCUGAAGCCUUGCUUGUUGCUAUUGCAUACAUUCCUUUAAUAUUUUCAUAUUAAAUAUCGCGCGGUGGGCAGAUGUUCAAUAUCAGGAAGCGCCUCGGGGCGUCGAUUCUGUUGACGGUUUUGUCGAUCAUUUCGAUUUGCUUACUAUUACCCGACUCGAAGGUUAGGCAGUUACAGAAAAUUACGCUGGGAACAACCAUAGAAUACACGGAUUUGUGGAAAUGGGGCUCAGAAGAUGAUGUUGAUGAUGAUGAAGAUAAUGGAAACGGUGUUCGAUUGGUGAUUUUUGGAGAUUCGUGGGUAGAUGAUUUGAUUGAGGAGGGACAAGGAGAAAAAGGAAACACUUGGCCACAGGUUUUGUGCGAGGAGAUCAACUGCACUUCUCGACUUAACUUCGCUGCAUCUCAACUCUCGGAUGCAUGGCCAGCCUCUCCUCCUACAGGUGCCAUGACCUCGAACGAAAUCCACGCCUGGGCUGUCUCUCAGAACCAACUACUUCGAGGUGGAGACUACAACUAUUCAGCCUACCCCGACCUAGCCUCACAAAUUCAAUCCUAUAUCUCCCUCCCUGCUCCGCGGACGCAACCCCAGGCAACAAUCUUCAUAUUAUCCUUCGGCUUUUGGGACAUCUAUGACUUCGCUCAGCUCAACUUCCCAGCUGCUCAGAAUGUCACAGACACCUCCAUCGACUUCCUAUUCGACCAGCUCGACGUUCUCUACGCUCACUUCGCCACCAAGCUCUACCCCAUUACUGAGAUUCCCCAAAUCUCCAAUUCGACGAACGCUACAACCUACUCUACAUCAGAACACAAGUUCCAAGUCAUCAUUCCCCGCAUUCUCGAUCCUACCCUUCUCCCAGGUUGGGUUAUACAACGUCCCAUCCCAGCAAAACCGAGCAGCGUAGCCGAGCAACAAAAGAACGCUAUCUACCUUACCGAACGCUGGAAUCAAGGGGUUGAGAACAAGAUGGGAGCAUGGAUGGAACGCACCGUCGACAUUUCUCCAGCUCCUACAGAGUCCGUAGCACCGCCCGCCGAAUCUACCGAGCCAGAAACGCGCGCAGAUGUGCGUGAGAAUGCUACGGAAAGACAGUCCGAGAACGGAAAGUUCCAGCAAUUCGAUGGCAAUGUGCCUACUAAGGAAGAAAAACACAAUUCCAACAAAGACGACGACAAGCCAGAAGAGGAACCCAAGGAAGAAGAAACGCAAAAUCUUCCCAAGAAAGACAUCUUCUACCACGACUCGGCCUCCAUUCUGCUAGACAUCAUCCUCGAGCACCAACUCGAAGACGAAGGACUCUCCGACGCCUUGGGACUCGGCAAAGGCGAAUCACCGUACGAAAGUGUAUCCAUCCCCUGCAUGCGCCCCAUGGACCUUGAAGAAGAUAUCAUGGAACUCGUGACGCACUGGAAAGAGAACAACGGAAUGCUGAUCUGCAAAGAGCCAGAGGAUUUCAUGUGGUGGGAUGCGUGGAGCCUAGGCGGCAAGGGGAAGAAAAUGGUUGGGGAGGCAGUGGGCGAGGUUGUGAGGGAGGGGAAGAGUUUGCGGGCUAAGAAAGAGGGGAAGGGGAAGAGUGCGUAAAUUUAGACGUAUAGCAUAGCAUUUUGGGAGUUUUGGCGUCCAAAGGGAAUGUGUAUAUAGGCGCUGUAAGAUGGCGUAUAUGUUUAGAUACCAGAGGAUCAAGAUAUCCUUUUUCAGACCCAGAUUUUGGCCAGUACCGUUGCGUGACCGUAAGGAUUUGUUGGAGAGUAAGUAAGCCAACGUUUAUUCUUGUUGCAUAAAUGGCCCUGCAGGUCAGGUAGCAAGACGAAGAGCACAGAGAUAAAAAGGGAAGGAUUAGCAAGCAGCUAUCAUUGCUCAUUUUGAUGAGCCGUCGGGAGGUGUAGCAGUAUG